ACACCCCCGGGUCGAGCCGGAAGACGGCCCGAAGGGAGUUCGAGGCUCCACCAGCGGAGGCCAAAGAAGGCUGCAGGGGAGAGGGUCGGGGGUCGGGGGUGAUGGCCCGGAGGCCUCGAAGCCGCCACCCCACAACUCUCCCGGAGGAGAAGGCCAGUCUCCAACCGGUAGCGGACAGCGGAAAUGGCGCGCGCCUAGAGGCGGGACCGGAGGCGGAAGAGUUCACAGCCCAGGAAGUGGCGUUCUUCGGCUUCCGCCUCCGCGCCCACGUGAGAUUACCGGCUGCUUACCAACAUGAACGGGAAGGUCUCCGAGAAGAGUCUCCUGGCAUUGAGCCACCUGGGAAAAGCAGUGGAUUCGCUAAAAGAUUUCCCUCAGAGUGCCAGCGAAGAUGAGGAGGCCAUUGAUGGGGAGAGAAACCAUCAAAAGCUCCUGGAGAAGAUUGGAUACCUGGAUGGCAAGAAUAGACAGAGAUUGGCUGAGCGUUCUGAGGCCAGUCUGCAAGUGUCAGAGUUCAGUGUCAGCAAUGAAGGGACUGGGGAGCAGCUGGAUCUUGCUGAGCUGCUUGGCCCCAUCAAGUCGUCCUCCUCGCUGGGCACUGUGAAGAAGCAACUAAAAAAAGUCAAAAACAAAAAGACGGUGGACUUACCUCUUAGCAAAGAGGAGAGGGAACGGAUCUCCAGGGAAGCUGCGUACAACAAAAUCUCCCAGGACAUGACCAAGUGGGACCCAGUAGUCCUGAAGAACCGGAGGGCAGCACAACUAGUCUUUCCCCUGGAACAGGAUGGAGUCCUAGAAAACUGCAUUGGGGAGGUUCUCGGGAGUUGGAAGGCAAGAACUCCCCUGGAAAAGGAAAUUUUUAACCUCCUGCACCAGAACAAGCAGCCUCUGACUGACCCUUUAUUGACACCAGUGGAAAAGGAGUCCUUAAAAGCCAUGAGCCUAGAGGAGGCCAAGCAGCGCCGAGCAGAGCUCCAAAAAGCCCGGGCCCUACAGUCCUACUAUGAGGCCAGGGCUCGAAGAGAGAAGAAAAUCAAAAGCAAAAAGUUUCACAAAGUGCUAAAGAAAAGAAACGAUAAGAAGAUUCUCAAGAAUUUUGAAGAAUUACGAAAGGUCGAUCCCACCUCAGCCUUGGAAGAACUUGCAAAAAUGGAAAGGGCCAGAAUUCAGGAGCGAAUGAGCCUCAAACACCAGAACAAAGGCAAGUGGGCCAAGUCAAAGGUUAUCAUGGCCAAGUAUGACCUGGAGGCCCGAAAGGCAAUGCAGGAACAGUUGCUCAAGAACAAAGAAUUGACCCAGAAACUUAAGGUGCCCUCAGACAGUGAACACGAUGAAGAUGCUGAAGAAGAAAAUGGACUCAUUCCUGACAUCGUGAAUGAAGUGCAGAUAAGCACUGAUGGGCCAAACCCUUGGAUGCAGAGGAAUCAUGGGAUCACCACUAAGACCCCUCCAAUCCAAAAGGAGCCUCUUUCCAGUGAAGAGUCUGAGCUUGAGGAGGAUGAAAAGGCCAAUGAAGAGGAAGAGGCUUUGCUUCAAGAACUUAUAGAGAGGCGAUCCCUUCGGAAAGGGUCAGAGGUUGACCAAGGCUCACAGAAGCAGGAACUCACGACAAAAGCCCCUAGGAGGACGGAGGAGACUGAGGAGGUGUUAGCUGAACUGAGAACCCUCUCUGAGCAAAUAAACAAGAAGGCCAAGAAGAGGCAAGAUGGAGAACAGAGUGUGAACUCAUCUUCAGCUGUCUCCAAGGAGCCAAGUAUUCAGAGAGAGGAGCAGCCCUCGCUAGAUGAGAGACCAGAAAGAGUGCAGACUAUGGAGGCCCUAGACACUUUGGGCUUGGACGAAGCUGUCCAAGAACAGAAAGUCCUUGAACCUGUAGCUGAAAGGCGGCGGCGACGGCGGCAGCGGCGGCGGGAGGAGGAGCAAGAGCAGGAGGAGGAGCAGGAGCAGGAGCAGAAGCAGGAGCAGGAGCAGGAGCAUAGACCAUCUAAGCAGAAGAGUCCUCUAAAGAAGAAAAAGGAACCCAUGGCUGCCCUGCACACCAUCAUCAGUGGGAAAACCCACCAGGCAAACCCUUUGUCAGCUCCCAUUGUUGUAGAAGAGGAGGACUGUGAUGAGGACGCAACCCAAAGGCAGAUAAUAAAGGAGGCCUUUGCGGGGGACGAUGUCAUUGCUGACUUCCAGAAGGAUAAACUAGAAGCCGAGAAGGCAAGCAAGCCCAAAGAGAUUGACCUGAGCCUGCCAGGCUGGGGCCAGUGGGGUGGCCCAGGCUUGGUGAUCAGUGCCAGGAAGAGACGCCGGUUUCUCGUCAAAGCCCCUAAAGGCUCUGCAAGGAAAGACCAGUGCUUGCCAAAUGUGGUCAUCAGUGAGAAACGAAACAUCCAGGCAGCAGCUCACCAGGUGAAUGUGCUUCCAUUCCCAUUUACCCACCAAGGUCAGUUUGAAGAGACCAUCAAGGUGCCAGUGGGCGCCACAUGGAACACGCAGAGGGCUUUCCAGAAGCUGACUGCUCCCCGAAUUGUGACAAGGCCGGGCUACAUCAUUGAGCCCAUCAAGGAGAAAGAUGUUGAAUCUAGCCCUUCCCACUUGGGCCCACCAACCCUACAGAGGGAAGCACGGCUGCAUGGCUACUCCCACCCCCGCCGGAAGGGGAGAGCGUUAAAGAAAGCCCCAUAACUCAUCAAUUGAUCACACACACCCCUCCCCUUCUCCCCCCCCCCCAAAAAAAAAAAGAACUUGGCCACCAUGUCCACUGGCGAUGAGGCUUCCUUCUGGAAAUAAAGUAAACCUUUCAUUUAGAUAGA